GACGCAGCCAUAACGGCACGGGUAUUUUACACUAGCUGGAAUGGCCGAAAAAGGUCCUCCUGGUGUACAAUUGAUAGAAGUCAAGCCUGUCGCAGAUGACGGGAAAAAACUUCCUCCAAUCAAAAGUAAAAACGACAACGCUGUGGAAAAGAAAACCGAAACAGACCGUAUUAAAUCCAGAAUGUUUACCCUCAAGCCACUAGAAAUACCAGAGCAUGAGAGACAACUUGUGGAAAUUGACAGUUCAUUUCGGGAGGUUGAACUGACAUAUGCGCAGCAUGAUAAAGAUCUGCCAAUCGCGAAAGAGAAAAAAGUCCAAGACACUAAGGAAGAAACAGAUGAAGAUGAGAAAGUAAAACAGCCAAGAAAUGAAAUAACAAAGAAAAGGAAAAGAAUAAAAAAGAACUCAGUUUUACCGGUAGAUGUUACGUCAUUGGAUUACUUAGAAGGAAAUAAAGAUGAGCCCAAGGAUAUCGGAGAACCGGACAGCAGGCAUGGCAAGAAGAAGAAAGCGACAAAGAAGGACAAGAAAAAGAAGGUACAUAAGAAAGAAAAGAAGGAAACAGCUGCACAGGCCAUUGAAACAACAAGGGAACCAGAGCAGGGAAUAGUUGUAGCCCCACCUCAGAAUGACGAACAAGCAGACAAUAAAAAGAAAACGAGAAAGCUUCCGUGUUGUUUCGGUUUCGUUUCCACCUGGCUCGCCAAAAGGAAGCAGAAAAGACGAGACAAGAAGAAGAAAGCCAUUGCCGACAGAUACAGCCUGCCCAAACUUGUCCAAUAUGAACACAAGAAGGCAAAAGGAGGCGAAGCUUUCACCAUUGAGGUUGAUUGUAAACCGAUAAUACAGAAACCACUUCUGCCACCCAUAAAACAGACUGCCGGACCGAUACGCCGAGGAAUAGAUUUGCGUCUUCAGACAGCCGAGGCAAGAAGAGAGAAUGAAUUAGCCAAGAGACGUGAUGCUGUAAGAAAGUAUGAAAAGAAAAAGAUCGAGUGUAAAGAAAGAAAGUCAGACGCUGACUAUCACUUCCGGAAAAAGGCAGGCCUUACCAUAAGGUACAAGCAGGCCGACGCUGAAAGGAACCGCAAUAAUCUUAGCCGUUUCGCAACAACGACCAGAACUGCAUCUAUCCAAUCAUCAUCCAGCGAAUCUGUGAUCAUCGAAAGUGACCCAGACGCUUUCAAAGUCGAAUAAAAUGAUCCAGACGCCUGGAAAGUCGACGAUGUCGACUGUUUCUCCUACUGAAUUUUUAUGCCGACCGACUGCCUGCUAUAUAUGGUAAACCUAUACAAUAAGCUGGUCACGUGGACAGGGAGUAAUAUAAUUCUAGAUGAAUAAAACAAAAUAUAUGCAUAUUUGCAAUCUCUUUCGUGUUGAAAAAGCUAGUUAAUUUGUAAUUUACUUGUAGAUUUUUUUUUUGAGAUUUAAUAUCAUGUUUUUAUGUAAAUCUGACUAAGAAAAUAGCCAUGCUUUGAACAAUUAAACAAAUAUCUAAAAUAAUCAUUGAAAAUCGAAACAAAUUAACCAUUUCCGAUCUACCUGUGUUGUCAUGAUUAUCAUGGUAAGGUAUGAUUAAUCAACAAAAUAUUUGGGAAAAAAUGAAUAAAAAAUAAUAAGAAAACCCACAAAAAAACCCAUAAAAAAACAAACACUUUCAUCUACCUACAUGUUACUUAGCAAAGGUAUGAUAAAUACGAAUUAAUACCAU